UUAGUGGACCAAAGGGCUGAAGGAAUUUCUCAGGAAUGUUAAUCUUGUCUAUGCAUUAUUAACUAUAGAAGAGCUUCUCAGCUAGUACAUAACAUUCUUACAAAAUACUUUAUUUAUUGGUAUUUCAUUACAUUAACAGAAAGUUUCCUAAAAAUUCAAACAUUGUUACAUUUAAUUUCAAUUUUGGUUAUAUUUCGGGAACACUCUCAGACUGGUUUGACAUUGGGCAUGUUCUCAAAUAGUUCAGAGAACAUUAGGAAACACUGUUCUUCUAUGGGAAUUUCAGCAUUUCAGCAUAACCUUUCCUACAGGUUUCCUCUUGGUUCUAUCAACUUGUUCCAAGAACAUUAAGAAACCUCAAAACCACAAUAAAACUUUAGUAACUUUCAGAUGACAUUCUAAGAAUGUUAUUUAAAAACAUAUAGGCCAAUUUUCUAUUCUCAGCAUCAACAAAACUCUCUCUAUCCCCAAUCUUGUUAAGUAUGUUCAGGGGAGUUGGGCGCGCCCACUAGUUUUUGUUUCCUUUGAAAUGGGGUCUGUUUGAAUAGACUAAAAUUAACAGCUUAGAAUGCUUAAAAAAACAUGGUAUGAUAGCUCCAUCCUGGUGCCAUAGUAGACUUAUUCCAUGGAUAAAAACAGAAGGUUAAAGGUUGAAUCUCACUGAUGCUGUGUCUUGUCACAAAAAAAACUAAAUGUUUGCGUGAUAAAUGGCUAAGGAAAUACAUUUCCAUGUGUCCUAUCUGUGCUUCAAUAAAGUUAACCCCAAAUGAGCUAACAGUGUUUUUGAAAGUUUUAAGGAAGUUAUUAAAAAAUGUCUAAAUAACCUCAGGGCAUUAAUAAAACCUAAGACGUUCUCAGAACCUCCCUGUAACCUAAAAAUAAGCAUUCCCUGUGGAUGCAACAUUUUCACUUCUUUUCUCAUAAUGUUUAAAAAACGUUACAUUUUACUGUUCAGGAAACUUAUGGAUUUGUUCCCACAACCAAUGUGAAACCAAAAACAUACGUUCCCACAACGUCCAAGAAACCAAAUGUGUUAGCGGGGUUUGCGAUGCUAUAAACAAACAAAGUGAAGAUAGACGCGAUUCCAAUUCAAAGUGGACACACCAAUGUAAAUAUUUACCUCAUACAAUCUUGAGUUCCUCAUUGUAAUGAUGAUUAAUUGGGAAGAACAAGAAAGGAAAGGUCACCUGGUAAAAAGUGUUGACUGAAACGGAGUUGUUCAAAACAGUGUUUUGGUCUUCUCUUUAGGCAUACCCAUAAACAGUGCAUUCAGAAAGUAUUCAGACCCCUCGACUUUUUCCAUAUUUUGCUACGUUACAGCCUUGUUCUAAAAUGCUUAGGCUCUGUUCUGUGGUGCUAACUUUACCAAAAGGCCUCAACUGACAGGUUCUGCUAUCCUCCUGAGGGAACUCCACUCUGACCAUGAGGGACCGUCUGGAGGAGCUGCGUCAGAGGGCCCAGGAGUUCCGGGAGGCAAGAAACAAGGCAGAUGAGAUCCCAUUCCCUGAGGAAGACGCUGACCCAGAUGACCCAGCAUGGGUUAGUGUCGCCACCCCGCAGCAGGCUGUGGUGUUUGAGGAGGAACCAGUCCUGGACAACUUCCUGUCCGAGGCUCAGCAUAUCCGCGGUGACAUCACUGAGCUCGAAACCGAGGUGAAGAAGUUUAGCCAGCAUCAAAGGAGCCUGGUGGCAGCCAUGCGUCGUUUCAGUGUGAUGAAGAAGGAGAGCAGUGUGACGAGGGACAUCAAGCUGCAGGCAGAGAGCAUCUACAGACGGCUGGACGCCCUCUUCAAGAAGGCACAGAGUUUAGAAGGCCUGCAGGGACUAGCUACAGCCACUACACGCAUCCAACGCUCCCAACACGCAGCACUACACAGACAAUUCCAGCAGGAGCGGUGUAAACACUUCAUCAUCCGGCAGCUGGAGGUGUCUGGUCGCGACGUCACCGAGGAGGAAGUGGACGAAAUGGUUUCUGCGGGGAAGUGGGAGGUGUUUAACCAGAACCUCCUCAACAAUGAACGCAUCACACGCUCUAAGCUGUCUGAGAUCGAGCAGAGACACAAGGAGCUGGUGAAUCUGGAGAGCAACAUGAAAGAGCUGAGAGAUCUGUUCAUGGAUGUCUUUAUUUUGGUGGAGGAGCAGGGAGACUACAUAGACCACAUCCAGACCAGCGUAGAGAAGACACAGGACUAUGUCACCGUCAGUACAGAGAAGUUUAAAAUGGCUGCCAGGUACAAGAAAAAUAACCCUUUGAGGAGGCUGUGCUGCUGUUGCUGCCCCUGGAGGUGAUGCACAUAGAGGAGAGACUGGAGACUGGAGAUGCCCCUGGAGGUUUUUCAGAUGGGGAGAGGAAGAGUUCUGGAGAGUCUGCAGGUGGCAUUUCACUUAUAAGAAUCUUCAGAGGAGACCAUGUGAAUCAGGCCUUUGUAGUUGAAUUGCUGCAGAGAAACCACUACUAAAGAACACCAAUAAGAAUAAGAGACCUGCUUGUGCCAAGAAACACGAGCAAUGGACAUUAGACCGGUAGCAAU